CUGGGGUCGGAGGUCGUAGACGCUGAUGAUGUCAUGCUCUGAAGAUGGCUGAAGGGGAAGGAAGUUGGUGGGGAGGCUGGCUCCAGACAAGCUUCCAAGCCGUCAAAGACAAGUCCUCUGAAGCAUAUGAGUUUAUCAAACGAGAUUUGGCCGAAUUCUCCAACGUGGUCCAACAUGACACUGCUUGCUCUAUCGUCGCCACUGCCAACGCCGUCAGAAGCAAAUUGGCUGUGGAAGGCUCUGUGGAUACUUCAGAGAAAGUGAAGAAGAGCCUGUCCAACAUUCUGGGGGUCAUCACCGACACACUUGCACCCCCACCAGACAAAACCAUUGACUGCGAUGUCAUCACACUGGUGGCUACGCCUGCAGGCACAACAGAGGUGUAUGACAGCACCAAGGCACGUCUAUACAGUUUGCAGGCAGAUCCGGCUACAUACUGCAAUGAGCCUGAUGGCCCUCCAGAGCAGUUUGAUGCCUGGCUCUGCAGUUUCAGCCUGGAGGACAAGAAAGCAGAGAUCUCUGAGCUCCUGGUCAACAGCCCAUCUAUCCGGGCCCUCUACACUAAAAUGGUACCUGCAGCCGUGGCCCAUGCAGAGUUCUGGCAGCGGUACUUCUACAAGGUCUUUCAGCUCGAGCAGGAGGAGGCCCGGAGAGUGGCACUGAAGCAGAGAGCGGAGCAGACCGCUCACCGUUCUGAGAGAGAAAGUCUGGGCUGGGAGGAGGAGGAGGAAGAUGACUUUCUAGGGGCCGCCUCCACAUCUCGUCUGGACUUCACCCCACCCCUGGACGACCCUAGCCGCACCUCCCUGUCCCCCGUCUCCUCCACCCCUCAGGCCCUGACGGCCCCCCGCAUCUCCGUGUCGCCCUCGGCCAGCCAGGGCGCCUUCUCCCCGGGCCACGCCUCGGACGUCACGCCCUCGCUCAGCAGCGACAGCGUCAGCCUGCCCACCCAGCUGGAGGCCCCGCCCAGCCCCGUGCCCGUGCCCACGCCCGCACCCGCGUCCCCCCAACAGCCCCUGGCCCAGGAGCUGAGCCUGAGGCUGAGCGAGGCCAGCCUGGAGGAGGUGGAGGUGGAGGUGGAGGUGGAGGAGAGCCCGGAGGAGCAGCAGCAGCAGCAGCAGCAGACAGGAGGAGAGAAGCAGAGUGCUCCCCAGCUGGAGGUGGUCACGGACGGACCGCCCCCAGAGGAGCAGCCCCCGGCAGCGCCCGCGACCAGGACGGAGACCACCAGAGAGGACGGACCGCAGGACCUGAGAGUGUUUGAACUGAACUCGGACAGCGGCAAGUCCACACCCUCCAACAACGGCAAAAAAGGAUCCAGCACAGAUGUCAGUGAGGACUGGGAAAAGGACUUUGACUUGGACAUGACCGAGGAGGAGGUGCAGAUGGCCCUCUCUAAGAUGGACGGCACUGCAGAGAUGGAAGACGAGGACUGGGAAAAUUGGGACUAAACUGGAAGACUGACCCCACCAAGGAUUUAUUGUCCCACCCUGCCCCAUCGAGACGAGUUGCAGCCGCAGACCUACAUGCUUACUGACCUUCUCAGCCCACUGUCAUCAGCAAAGACGGUGCCACUCCACAAAACAAAGAAAUACACACACACACACACACACACACACAGGCGUGCGCACACACACACACACACACACACACACAUGCACACACAGGUGCGUUCACAUGGAUCACUCGCCACCUUCAUCCCCCUCCCUCUGCCCUGUCAUCGCAAUAAAGGUCAGCUCCCAUCUUGCAUUGCCCCAGCGGCCAUUUUGUGCGCCCCGUGUUUUAGUGGCCCACUGCUUCUCUAAAGGGCGUGUUUCUGGGUAACGGGGUAGUAGUAAGCCUUAGAGCCUACUUUAGCAUUGGGGCUGGUAGCUUCCACAUCUGACUAACACUUUUGAGCAGAAACGGAUCAGCCAGUGCACGAGUCACACCGGCAUCAACGGAGUGGUUGCCAUAGUUCCUCUCCUCCUUCAAAGCAUAAAUAUGAUAAUAAUGAUAAAAAAAAAAGAAUCCAUUUUAUGUACAGUAGGUGUGUUAUGCCAAGACUACCCCCGAGAAGAAAGGGUUCCGGCUUCAGGCUUUCUAAUAGCCAUUGACUGUAAUGCUGCUUGUCGCCUUCAGAAGAUAUAAAAAAUCUCCUUCAAGCUCAAAUAUGAAUAUAUGUACCUUUUUCUUUUUUUCUUUUCUUCCAGUGGUGUGCUGGAGUGUUGUUUUCUUUUCUUCUGUUGAUCUUUUGUCUACUAUAUUAAUUACUAAUAACCUCCUGUCUCAUGCUAGGUCAAAGUGCAAAAAGGACUUUGGCUUCAUGGACUGGCAGAACAGUGUGAAAGUCCUGACAUGUUUAUAAAGUACAGUCACCAAUCAGCAACAUGGCCUUGGGAGACAGAGAAUGUGUUUUGUCUAAAGAACAAGAAAAAAAAUCAAUGAGUUGACUAAACACAGCCAGUACUUGUUGCAUCAUUCGCAUUAUGUUUUCAUGUCUAAAUUCUCCAUUUCACUGGGUGAGGGAAUGACAACUGCGUAACAUUUGUAACUUUGAUUGCAACAUGAUGCAAGAUCUGGUCUACUGUCUGAUGUCUUUUUUCCCCCCCACCCCCUCACGUCAGUUGUCCGAUGUUCUCAGAUUGUCUGAUGGCUUACGGCUCUCUCUCUCUUUCUCUCUCUCUCUCUCUCUCUCUCUCUCUCUCUCUCUCUCUCUCUCUCUCUCUCUCUCUCUCUCUCUCUCUCUCUCUCUCUCUCUCUCUCUCUCUCUCUCUCUCUCUCUCUCUCUCUCUUCGACAUCCAUUGUGAUGCAAUAAGAAAAAGAAGAAAAAAAAUAAUGUGGAGCAUAUCCACAAAGAGUCACAGAUGAGGAUAUGCUGUGCUCUGGAAAGCAAGUUGGAAGGUUUUGCUUAUUGUGUCCCAUUCACAUAAGACCCCCUUAGACACAGAGCUUAAGUGACAAUGGUUUAUUUAGUCCUAGCCGAUUACACUGGAUGUAGUGAUACAGAAAUAUUAUUUGCGCCUUUUUUCUUUGUCCUUCUAUGUCCCAGAUGCAGCAGUGUUUUGGAUUUCUCUUCAGAUUUGACACUAAUGUGAAUGCGAUUCAGUUUAAUUUAACAUUUUAUUUUUUAUUUAAAGAAAAUCAGCGGCUCCUCCCACUGAGGGAAUGCAGUCAAUUUGGAUGAGUAAACUAAUCUGAAGUGAAUUGAGAAGUUGAUUGUCUCAACUCCAUGCUUGAUAUUGCAUGCCGAUAAAGUCAUCAUCCUCUGCUGACUGUUGUACUGCUGCUGUCAACAUGCUUGGCCUCUGACUGUCUCAUGUGUUGGGAGAAUUAACUUAAUUAGAAAUACUUAUUUCUAAUAAUGUAAUAUGUGUUGCAUGUGUUUAUUCUCUGUCUCUCUUUCUCUCUUGCUUUCUCUCUCUAGCAUCAACUACACACACACACACACACACACACGUUUAUCUUCUCUCCCUUUUACAUAUUUGCACUUUAAACAAUACUCGGUUGGAAGCUGUUGAUUUUUUUAAGUGAUUAUAUUUCCAGUUCUAUUUUUCAAACUAGUGUCAUUAAAACAAAUCUCAUGACA